AUGGAGUUUGAUAGAAUUAGCAACUUACCAAGUGAUGUUGUAGAACAAAUUUUGUCACAUUUGCCCAUUAGAGAGGCAGUCAGGACAAGUGUUUUAUCAAGCAACUGGAGAUACAGAUCGGCUAUGCUUCCUCAUCUUGUGUUUGAUUAUCAGUGUUUCUCAAGAGAAAAACAUGUAACCUUUGUGAACAUUGUUGAUCAUGUACUUCUAGGUCACAUUGGCCCCAUUCACAAGUUUAAGCUUUCUCACUUUGGCUGUCUAGCCACUUGGGAUAUCGAUCGAUGGAUUCUUCAUCUAUCUAGAAACUCUGUCAAAGAGCUCAUACUUGUAAUUUGGGAAGGGGGGCGCUACAGAGUUCCUUCAUAUUUGUACUCUUGUCAAGAUAUAAUCCGUUUAGAGUUAUUUCGUUGUUUGCUAAAACCUCCGCCAACAUUCAAAGGCUUCAGGAAUUUGAAAAGCCUUGUUAUUGACCAUGUUACCCUGGCCCAAGAUGUGUUCCACAAUAUAAUUGCUUGCUGUUCUCUGCUUGAAAAGUUGACUUUGUUAGGGUUCAGUUUCACCCAUCUCGAGAUUGAUGCACCAAAUCUCCAAUUCCUUCAUGUCGAAGGUGACUUUGAGGAUGUUACUUUUGAGAAUACCUUAAAUCUGGCUGAUGUUUGCAUUUCUAUGGACAAUUAUGUCGACCAAAGAUGGGUUCGCAACAGUUCUAGCAAUUUGGUCAAGUUUUUGGUUCAGCUGCCUCAUAUUCAGAGGCUAAAAAUUCAGGGAUUCUUUUUACAGAUUUUGGCUAUCGGUGCCUUGUCAGCAGAGCUUCCUAAGCCAUGGUUAUAUCUGAAGUUUCUUUCUAUAAGCAUAAACUUUAAUGAUCCCAGGGAGAUUUUAACUGCUCUACGCCUUCUGAGAAGCUCCCCUGCUGUCCAAGAACUAGAAAUUUCUGCCGACCCUUCUCUUCCAGAACUAGGAUUUUCUGCCGACCAAGAGGUUCAGGUUGCUUUGUCAGAAAUGAACUCUUUAUAUGGCAACUGCAUUUGCCCAUUCACCCAACUGCGACUUGUCAAAAUAUCAGACUUCUCUGAUGUCAAAACUGAAUUUGAUUUCAUCAGAUUUCUGCUUUUAAAUUCUCCUGUGCUUGAGAAGAUGAUUGUUAAGCCUGCUUUUGCCGAUGGUUCUUUGGAGCUCCUUAAACAGUUGCUCCGGUUAGGUCGUGCCUCAGUGCAUUCAGAGAUAAUCUUCUUGGACCCUGAUUUGGACUUUGGCAUCUAA